AUGGACAUCAACACCCUUGGGCUGCUCCGGAUCAUGAGUUUCGCACAGAGGUUCCGAAGAUUGAAGCUCUUCUUGCAUGUGUCAACAGCAUAUGUGAAUGGGAAUAGGCAAGGCGUGGCGCUGGAGAAGCCGUUUCGAAUGGGAGACUCCAUAGCAAAUGAGAUACUAUUAAGCUCAGCAGAAUGCUCUUCAGAGCAUGCUGCGAACGGUGCCGCUCUUCAUAUUGAGGCAGAGAUCAAGCUGGCAUUUGACCACACAAUAAAAUCAGAUGAUCAAGCUUCUUGUACUCAAGAAAUGAAAGAUUUAGGCUUAAAAAGGGCAAAACAUCAUGGCUGGCAAGAUACUUAUGUGUUCACCAAGGCCAUGGGGGAGAUGGUCAUCAACAGCAUGCGAGGAGAGAUACCGGUGGUCAUUAUCAGGCCGAGCGUCAUUGAAAGCACCUUAAGGGACCCCUUCCCGGGUUGGAUACAAGGGAAUAGGUGCGCGUUUGAGUUCCAGUUAGCGGAUUUCGCGGGCUCCUCUCGCGGAGCUGUUGCUGACGACCCCGGUUGGUACCCGGAGCUGUAA